AGGAAAGGGAAGGAGAAACGACAAAAAAUGUAAAGUGAAGAAGGUAGUAAAAAAAAGAAAAGUACUGACACGCAAACCAGAGCCGUGCCUGCCACUUGAAUUUUACACAAAGAAGGCUUGGCCGAGCCCCGCCUCUCCGUCCAGGCACAGACGGCACGAACGGAAGCGUGGCUCCGGUCGCGCGCUCCGGCGUCCCUCUCGGUAUCGCGGGAUGAAGGGCGACGUUGCCAGAAGGCGAUUGGCUCGCGGGGCGGUGACGCCAGCUCAGCGCCGAGCCCGCCGCGCGCGCUUUCGUGAGGCCGGACGCUCCUUCCCCGUCUGCCGAGCCCGCUGAGGAGUCGCCAUGAGUAAGGCCCACCCUCCGGAACUGAAGAAGUGAGUAGUGCCGGCCCGGUCGAGCCCCGCCGGCCUUGCGGACCCUCCUCCCGUGUCGCCCCGGCUGCGGCCGCGAGUCCCGGCGCUCGCGGGGGCCGGAAGCGGCUCUGAGGUCCGGUGGGCAUGGUCACCGCAGCACCGGUGCCUCCGCCUCCCCAAGAUUUAUGGACAAGAAGUUAUCGUUAAAGUUAAAUGGUGGCAGACAUGUACAAGGAAUACUUCGGGGCUUUGAUCCCUUUAUGAAUCUUGUGAUUGAUGAGUGUGUGGAGAUGGCAACUAGUGGGCAACAGAAUAACAUAGGAAUGGUGGUCAUACGAGGAAACAGCAUCAUCAUGUUAGAAGCCUUGGAAAGAGUCUAAACGAUGUCUGUUGAAUAGAAGCAUCCGCAUCCCUCCUUAAAGGACCUGUUUGAUUGUGAUGUAGAAUUGGGUCAUGUACAUUUUCAUACGAAACUUUUUGCUAAAUAAACUUUUGUGAUACUCAGAAGUGCA